AUGGCGGAAGAAAAAACAAAGCCAGUUGAUACGGAAGAAAAGCCAUUGAACAAGGAUGCCAUUCCUAGCCUGUAUAAGGACAAAAGUUUCAGAGAAAAGUUGAGAUAUAUUAAGGACAACAUCACUGUGGAACCAUUGUUAGCUGGCCUGAUCAUUCCAAGUAUUAUUUCCAGGUUUGCUAUGGGAAAUCUUAAUUUGGACAAAGCGUGUCGUGUUAAUUUUGGUUUUGGAGACGAGAUUUGUGAUGCGUUAGUAAGUAAGGCGAGUAAGAACUUUACGGAGUACGAGCAGGCGGUGCAGCAGCUGAUCUCUUCAAUAGACAUUUGGAAGAGUGUGAUCUCAACGGCAUUACCAUGUAUUAUAAUAAUGUUCCUAGGAGCGUGGAGUGAUAGAACGGGGAAACGAAAACUAAUUAUAAUGCUUCCAAUUUACGGAGAACUGUUAACGUCGAUAAAUAAUUUAGUAAAUGUCUACUUCUUCUAUGAGAUUCCUGUACAAGUUACGGUGUUCUUAGAGACGCUAUUUCCAGCCAUUACCGGUGGUUGGGUGACAAUGUUUUUGGGUGUAUUCAGUUACAUUAGUGAUAUUACUUCGGAAGAGUCCAGAACAUUUAGAGUGGGUCUUGUGAACUUUUGUAUGACCGCCGGUCUGCCUAUUGGUAUCGGUAUCAGUGGGUUUUUGCUGCAGAGGAUGGGAUACUAUGGAUUAUUCACAUUGACAAGUGGACUGUUUUCUCUUGUGCUGAUGUACGGUACUUUCUGCUUGAAGGAGCCUGAUCAGUGGCUUCAGGAGAAAGGACUGCCACCGAUUGAGAGAACUAUAGACAAUAACGUAUCGUUUUUCGACCUAUCCCACGUGGCGGAGACGAUAGCUGUCGCCUUCAGACCUCGUACCAAGAACAAGAAAACCAAGAUCCUGCUCACUCUGCUGAUGGUAUUCCUACUCUUCGGACCUACUUCGUCGGAACAUGGAGUGUUCUACCUGUUCGUCAGGAACCGUCUCAACUGGGACAUGGUCAAGUAUGGACUCUACGUCAGCUACUCCAUUGUACUACAUUCAUUUGGUGCAAUGUUUUCCAUCACCGUACUGAGCAAACGUCUGCAGGUUGACGAUUGCUUGCUGUGUUUCAUUUCUGUUAUCAGCAAGAUCGCCGGGUCCAUAUGGACUGCAUUCGUCACGACCGACAUUGAAAUGUAUCUGGUGCCUGUCGCUGAGCUACUAAAUGCCACAACAUUUACGUCACUGCGUUCCAUCAUAUCCAAGUUGGUGGAAAAACAGGAGAAUGCCAAAGUGAACUCAUUAUUCUCACUAACGGAGACGACAGCAGCACUGGUGUUUCAUCCGUUCUACUCGUGGAUGUACAUGAAGACGCUGCAUUCGUUGCCAGGAGCAGUGUUCCUCGCCAGCGCGGCUAUUGCCAUACCACCGUCUAUUAUUCUUCUACUCUUCUACAUCCAGAAUAAGAUAGGACUGAAGAACUUAAGAAAGAUUGCUUUAGAAGCCGAAGAGAAGAAAGAUGCAAAAGAAGCGGAAAGUAAGAAGGCAGAUCCUUUAACUUUCGUCCCUUCAAAGAUGGAGAAGGAAAAGAUUGAAAUGGGAAAGAAUAUUUAG